AUGAGUUUCCCAAUCUUUACGUGCAACUGCUGCGAAAUCCAAUUCAAGUCCAGCGACUUGCAACGCUACCAUAUGAAGACGGAAUGGCAUCGUUAUAACUUGAAAAGAAGGAUGGCGAAAUUGCCUUGCAUUACUGCAGCUCAAUUUGCUGAGAAACUCCAGUUAUCAGAAAGGCAGAGACAAGAGAAUGAAGUUGACGAGUUUGGUUUUGCUGUCUUAAAGCCCAAGAAUAAUGCUCGCCAAUUGCUAAAGGAGAAAAAGGCUAAGCAGAAGCAUUCUCCCCUCGAUGACCGAGGCAGACGUGCUGACAUUGAAAAGCAGGAAGGCUCCGCUAGAUCCAGCUCUCCCACUGAGUCGCUUGCGUCCGAAAUCUCUAGGAUUUCUGGCUUCAGCGUGGACACUAAUACUGAUUUUGGCGAAGACACAGUUUCUGAGUACGGAUUUACCAGUGAAUCGAACUACGACUCCGAUAAUUCAACGGCAGAUGACUUCAGCGAGAUGGGCAACGAUCGAAUUGACAUCUUUGAAUGCAUUUACUGCGGUGUUAAACAUAAGGAGAUAGAACGUAAUGUUAACCAUAUGUUCCGCGAGCAUGGCUUGUACAUCCCAGAGAGGUCAUAUCUUACCGAUCUUCCCGGUUUGUUAAACUAUCUCAUCGAUCAAAUUGUGAUGCAGAAGCGUUGUUUCUGUUGCAACUUCGAAGGUUCUACUCUGGAGAGCAUAAGGGCUCACAUGCAUUCGAAGCGCCAUUGUAGGCUUCCCUAUGAGACCAAACACGAGAGGGAACGUCUCUCCCAAUUUUACGACUUUAGCUCGCUAAGUGAGGACUCAUAUGAAUCCCAGCAGUCAUCACGAAAUGACAAGGAAAUUCAUUUCUCAGACUCUGAAGAGGAUGCCAACUCGGAGUCGGGUCACACUGGGCAAGAAAUCAACUCAAACUACACAACAGUUUCAGUAGAUACUACUGGCAUGGAAUUAACGCUGCCGACCGGUGCCAGAGUCGGCCACCGAGUAGGUCAGCGAUACUAUAGGCAGAAUUUGCCAAUGCCUUCAGACGUAUCAGACAGCAGGCGCACAGUAACAGCUGCCGACAGGCGAAUGGUCAGCGGAGUUACAGAGAAACAGUAUAAGAAAGGACUGAAAAAGAUGCAGCAAUUGGAGAAGAACGCUGUCAACAGACAAAUUCGUCAAGAAAAAACCAAGAGGGUCAAUUUUCAACCACAUUAUAGAGACGAGCUUCUUCAAUAA